AUGAGUUUAUGUACAGAAUGCAAGUCGAUGUCGACAAGGACAUUUGAAGGUGACGAAACCAAGCUGUUCCGCCACGGCUACGACAGCUUCCGAAAGGCUGUUUUUGAGAGCAAGUGCUAUAUUUGCUGCCGCGUCUGGGAGAGCCUCACGGAGGAACAAAAGGAGGUGGCCAGCCGGCCUGAAUUCAUGGGCAUUGAGUACCACUUCAGACCAAGGAGGGCGAUCGACUCGGACGGGGAUCCGACGCUUACUGUGGCUUCACUCACGUUCAAGUGGGAUGAUGACCUCUUUGACUGUGAGGAUUAUGACGAGCCCGGGGGGUUUGACGUAGGAGAAGGAACUUUUACAGCUCUCAACCCUGCCAAGCCUUACGCCGAAGAAAUCUUCUCCGUCAAAGGGUUCGAGAAGUCGGUAAUGCGUCUCAAUGACGCUGAUUCUCAAGGAAGCGGCGACGGGCCGCAGCAAUACGAGACUGUUUACCAGGUAUGGGCGGACGUUCUGGAGUCUUACCUUAGGUGUGCCCUCACCAAUCCGGACGACAAAUUUGUGGCUAUAUCUGGCGUGGUCAAAGACUUCGCGAGAGCUAUCGACGACGAAUACUUAGCUGGUCUAUGGCGGCGAAACUUCGUCAACGGCCUUCUCUGGACUGCCAGACCAGAGAGUAACUAUGAUGCUGGGCUCAAGCAGUCCUGCCCCCAGGGCGUGUUCGUCAGUUUGACGCCAGGUGACCCUUCUCUCUGGUCAGGCGUUAUGUUUGUGCGCAAAGGACCCUAUGCUACCGCGAUCCUCCGAUUCUACAUCUCCUUCCCGGAUACCUAUCCCGCACUGCCGCCGCUCGUGACGUUUUCGACAGACAUGUUCCAUCCCUUGAUCACGCCCCUCACGACCUACAUGUACACGACCGACAUCCAGGAGGGCGGCACCGUCAGCGCAACGGACGAGGAGCGUCUCCCACCAGGCGGCUUCAGCCUGCGGCACGGUUUCCCGGACUGGUUCGGCCGCGGCAGCAGGGGCCGGCCGGCACCGGGACAAUACCCUCCGGAGACCCCUAGGUCCUCCAGAGCCCUUGCCGCCGGCGGUGACAGCAACUCGAGCACGCCCAACUCCAAGAUCGCUGCGACGCCGCCGAGCGCAGGCGGCGGUCAUGCUGGCAAUGCUGGGACUGGCGGCAGCACCGGCAGCAAACAGUCUUUCAUGGACGUGCACAAGAGGGACAUCUCGACUGGCGAGGUGCUAAGUUACAUUCGCAGCACCUUUGAUGACCAGGCAGUGAUGGACUCGAUCCCACUUGAAGCGGCUGGAAACCCGGGUGCUUGGCACGCUUGGGCUGCAUACCGCGGACAUACCACCAUUCCUGAGGGCGAACCAGCCGUCAGGAAGCCGGGGGACUGGAAUUGGGAGGGUGUGUGGGAGGAGAGGGUGCAGAGGAACAUACAGGCAUCAUUGUCGGAGCCUGUUCUGUAUGGGGAUAUUCGAUUCCUCAGCAUGGAAGAGGGCGCAGUCGAGACGGUAAAGGACAACCUUUACAAGACUUUAGGCGAAUCAGCCAGGGCUGAUCCGCUGGCUGUUCCUUCCGUCAAUCCUUGA